UCAUCUCAUGACCGGCGUUUAUCAUCCACAGCCUCAUUCCUCCGUGAAGUGACAGUGAAAUAAUGAAUUAAAACCAUCUUGAUUAAUCUCUACAUAUUACGGAUUGACUGUUUGGUCCACAUUUGAUUUCGGACGUGCUGUUUUUUGAUAGAUCCCGUAGAUUUUAAAGAUGUCUGUCGUGGGUUUUGAUCUGGGUUUUCUGAAUUGCUAUGUAGCAGUAGCUCGAGCUGGAGGAAUCGAGACGAUUGCGAAUGAAUACAGCGACCGAUGCACACCAGCGUGCGUUUCCUUUGGACCCCGAAAUCGAUCUAUUGGUGCUGCAGCUAAAAGUCAGUUGGUCACAAACUGCAAAAACACCGUCCAAGGAUUCAAAUCUUUCCAUGGUCGAGCCUUCUCUGAUCCAUUUGUCCAGAACAUGAAGUCCAGGCUUGUGUAUGACCUGUCACAGAUGCCUUCAGGAACAACAGGCAUAAAGGUGAUGUACUUGGAGGAGGAGAAGGUCUUCAGUAUUGAGCAGGUCACAGCGAUGCUCCUGUCCAAACUGAAGGAGACUGCAGAGAGCGCCCUGAAGAAACCGGUUGCUGAUUGUGUAAUCUCUGUCCCCUGCUUUUUCACUGAUGCUGAGAGAAGAUCCGUCAUUGACGCUGCUCAGAUUGCAGGACUCAACUGUCUGAGACUUAUGAAUGAAACAACUGCAGUGGCUUUGGCGUAUGGGAUUUACAAGCAGGAUCUUCCAGCGCCUGAGGAAAAGCCGAGGAAUGUGGUGUUUGUCGAUCUUGGACAUUCAGGCUACCAGGUCUCUGUGUGUGCCUUUAAUAAAGGCAAACUGAAGAUUCUAGCCACAGCCUUUGACUCUGAGAUGGGAGGCCAAGACUUCGAUGAGAGGCUGGUGAAGCAUUUUUGUGAUGAGUUUGCAGUGAAGUACAAGCUGGAUGUAAAGUCCAAGCCCAGAGCUUUGGUGCGACUCUACCAGGAGUGUGAAAAGCUGAAGAAACUGAUGAGCGCAAACUCUUCUGAUCUGCCCCUUAACAUCGAGUGUUUCAUGAACGACAUUGAUGUGUCCAGCAAACUCAACAGGGGUCAGUUUGAAGAGAUGUGCGCUGACAUCUUAGCAAGGGUUGAACUUCCACUGCGCAGCAUCCUUGAACAAGCUCAUCUGAAAAAAGAUGACAUUUAUGCUGUUGAAAUAUUGGGUGGAGCCUCUAGAAUGCCGGCAAUCAAGGAGAGAAUCAGCAAAUUCUUUGGGAAGGAAACGAGCACGACGCUGAACGCAGAUGAGGCCGUAGCCAGAGGAUGUGCUCUACAGUGCGCUAUUCUCUCUCCUGCUUUCAAAGUUCGUGAGUUUUCCAUAACAGAUGUGGUUCCUUUUCCGAUCUCCCUGAAAUGGAAUUCUGCAGCUGAAGACGGAGUCAAUGACUGUGAGGUGUUUCCAAAGAACCAUGCAUCACCUUACUCAAAAGUGUUAACCUUCUAUCGGAGAGAGCCUUUUUCUUUGGAUGCUUACUAUAACAGCCCUAAAGAGCUCCCCUAUCCAGAUCCCACAAUAGGCCAAUAUGUUAUCCAAAAGGUGGUACCUCAGGCCACAGGUGAGAGUUCAAAGGUAAAGGUGAAAGUGCGAGUCAAUAUCCAUGGGAUCUUCAGCGUGUCCAGCGCUUCACUAGUGGAGAUCCAGAAGUCUGAGGAGGAAGAAGAGAAAAUGGACACUGAGCAGACCCCUGAAAAAGAAAAUGAGAGCAAAAUGCAGGUUGAUCAAGAAGAACAGAAGUCACCGGGAGAUGAACAAGAAGCUGGGGAGAAAAAAGCCGGAACAGAAGAAAUGGAGACAUCCACAGAGGAAGGCAAACAGGAGAAGAAAACCGACCAGCCUCCACAGGCCAAGAAGCCCAAAGUGAAAACAAAGGUCUUGGAUCUUCCCAUUGAAAACAAUCCACAGUGGCAGUUAGCCAAUGACAUGCUGAAUCUGUUCGUGGAGAGCGAGGGUAAAAUGAUCAUGCAGGACAAGCUUGAGAAGGAACGAAACGAUUCCAAGAACUACGUGGAGGAGUAUGUGUAUGAGAUGAGGGACAGACUGAACGGGAUAUUCGAGAAGUUCGUCAAUGAGAGUGAUAGAGACACUUUCUUAUUAAAACUAGAGGACACUGAGGCCUGGCUCUAUGAAGAUGGUGAGGAUCAACCUAAACAAGUGUACAUCGACAAACUUGCUGACCUUAAGAAACUCGGCCAGCCCAUUCAAGACAGAUACACAGAAUCUGAAGAGAGACCCAAAGCUUUUGAGGAGUUGGGCAGACAGUUGCAGCAAUUCAUGAAGAUUGUAGAAGCCUACAAAACCAAGGAGGAACUGUAUGACCAUUUGGAUGAGACUGAAGUUCAGAAGGUGGACAGGAUGGUAAAUGAUGUCAUGAUCUGGAUGAACAGUCAAAUGAACCAGCAGAGUAAACAGAGUCUCGCCAUGGAGCCUGUGGUGAAAACUUCAGACAUUCAGGCCAAAACACGGGAGCUGUUCUCUACCUGCAAUCCAGUUGUGUCCAAACCCAAGCCCAAAGUGGACUUGCCAAAAGAAGAGAACCCAUCAGAGCCAAACGGACCGGUCAAUGGACAGGAAAACGCCGAGGCUCAGUCCAGCGGUACAGAACAAGCUGCAGCAGACAGUGCAGAAACUACAGAAGCCAAGCCUGAAAUGGACCUUGACUAAGUGCGCUGUGUAAUGUUAUGUUAACAUUACACAUUAUGCUACGUAAUGUCAUGUUAAUGUUAACUUUUAUGUUUCCAGUGACUGCUUAAGCCUUGAUUCACGGACACAGCAGGUUGAUUCUGGCAAUGGUUGAUUCUGGCAAUGAGAGGAUCGCGGUUACGUUUGCAUGUCCUUUUAUAUUAAAGAAAUCAUAACUCAACAAUGCUGUAAGCCCUCUGAGAACAGUUCUGUUCAGGAAUAUGCUGUUUGGUUCUGUUAACAGGUGUUUCAAUAAAUAUGGACUGAAACAUA